AACAUAAUCAAAUAUGUCUUCCAUGGCUCCCCUGCUUCUUAUAUUGGGCCUACUUGCUGCAUUGCUAAAUACAACAGAAUCACAAAUUGGAGUAUGCUAUGGAUUGAUAGGAAACAAUCUUCCAUCACCAGCACAAGUCGUAAGUUUGUACAAUGCACGCAACAUUAAACGAAUGAGACUCUACGAUCCUAACCAAGCCGUCCUACAAACGUUAAAAGGCUCCAAUAUUGAAGUAAUGAUAGGUGUCCCAAACACAGAUCUCCAGUAUGUUGCUGCAAGUCGUGACAACGCAUUCGAUUGGGUAUGGAGAAACGUUGCAAGCUAUCCUGAUAUCAAAUUUCGUUACAUAGCUGUUGGAAACGAGGUCAAGCCAUCUGAUAGCACGUUGGCUCCGUUGGUGCACCCUGCUUUGACAAACAUACAUGAAGUGGUUUCGUUUUAUGGACUGAAGGAUCAAAUCAAGGUUUCGACUUGUGUUGACACCACUAUGAUUGGAGUUGAUUACCCACCAUCACAAGGUGCAUUUAGGGAUGACGUUAGGUCUUAUAUUGACCCGAUCAUCGGGUUCCUAGUUUCCAUCAAUGCUCCCUUGCUUGUCAAUGUCUAUCCAUAUUUCAGUUAUUCAGGAAAUCCCUCGGUCAUUUCACUUGCUUAUGCGACGUUUACUUCUCCGGAAACAGUAGUACAGGACGGUGGAAACGCAUACCAAAACCUGUUUGACGCAAUGGUGGAUGUGAUGUACUCGGCAUUAGAGAAGGCUGGAGGGCCUUCAGUGGAAAUCGUGAUAUCAGAAACCGGAUGGCCAUCAGCCGGUGCAUUUGGAGCAACAUUUGAGAAUGCGCGAACAUACUAUACAAAUAUGGUUGCACAUGCUCCACGGGGCACGCCUAGGAGACCUGGAAGAGCCAUAGAGACGUACUUGUUUGCCAUGUUCGAUGAGAACAACAAGGAACCUCAACUCGAGAAAAACUUUGGAGUGUUUUAUCCAAAUCAACAAGCAAAGUAUAACCUCAACUUCAAUUCGAUCCAAAAGGGAUUCGAGUCCAUCUAAGCUAGAGCUGCAGCCUCAUCUUGUUCGAUCUUGAUGGUAUUGGAAAUUAAUAAAUAAAUUUAAAAAAAAAGUGUUUUAAUUUGAAUCAGGGUACGUAUGUAAUUUGAAUAAGUCUAAUGCUUCAUGUAUUUUCUCUUUGUUUGA